AUGGAGGUUGGUCUGUGUACGCCGUGCAACAUCCAAAUUUGUGAGGUGACCUGCGAUUCUUUCCGCAUCAUGUGGGAUAUGACCCCCGAGGACACUGCCAAGGCAACACACUUCUUUAUUGACCUGAGCCGGAAAGAUAACCGUGAUCCCAAUCGCUUCAAACACCGAGAUGUACCGACUAAGCUUGUGGCCAAAGCUGUCCCACUGCCCAUGGCAGUCAGGGGGCACUGGUUCCUCAGCCCCCGCACGGACUAUUGUGUUGCCGUGCAGACUGCAGUCCGACAAGCAGAUGGGGAUUAUCUGGUCUCUGAGUGGAGUCAGGUGGUCGAGUUCUGCACUGGAGACUAUGCCAUCGAGCACCUGCAGCAACUCCAGGAUAAGGCAAAGGGCUCAGCUGGGAGGCUACUUAAAUUUUCUGUGUUCUACCGUAAUCAGCACCCAGAGUAUUUCAACCAUGUCAGAAAGGAGUGUGGUGGAUGGAUGCUCCCUGCUCUUAAAGACAACAGUGGAAGCCAUGGCUCUCCUGUCAGUGGGAAAUUACAUGGGGUCUUCUUCAGCUGCAACACUGAGUUUGACACCGGCCUCCCCCCUAAAGACUCCCCUUAUGGGCCACUGCGCUUCCAGAUCCCUGCGGGACACCUGCUCAAUCACAACACAAGUCUAUAUUUUGCAGACUUUUACUGUAUGUACACAGCUUACCACUAUGUCGUACUGGUGCUGGCUCCCGUUGGCUCAGAGGGGGAUAACUUUUGUCGAACCCGGCUCCCCAUGUUGGACUUGGCCUCCAACCUGUUCCUGACGUAUACUGCCCCCCAGAGACCAGGAGAGGAGCCUCUGUUCUGCCACGCCAGUGACGUUAUCCUCGAGGUGCUUUUUACUGAACCAGUACAUUUGGACCAAGGGACAGUGGACCAGAUCAGCGGUCACCAGCUCAUGAGUCUGACCACAGCCAAUGCCAAGAAGGACCCCAGCUGCAAAGUGUGCAACAUUAGUGUGGGACGUUGAUUCACUGUGCAAUAUCACUGCACUCUGAUUUCAUACAUUACCAGCCUUCAGUGAUGAUGAAAUGACACCUGACUUUUGGUGUCUUUGGAAUUUGACGAUGUUGGUCCAAGUUGUGGGUGAAUAUGUUGAGUCCACAUAUUGUAUAAUCAACAUGCAGUAUGGUCCAAUAUCGCUCCCCCCUUUCUUCAAGAUCGUCACAGUGAUAAAUUUGCAUAACAUUAGCAUACGUUUGGCAUAAAGGUCCACCUUCAAUCCUAACUCUCAACCAGGUUUGGAAUCAGCAACUUUACAAUUUCCAAAUUACCUUCUACUUGCUCACAGACAACACCCCAGUAAAGCUCAAAUGUCAAGUGUUUACUUUUUUCAAUUCAGUUUCAAUGUGUUUACUAUGGACUGUUUGUUACUUGCCCUAUGGAGAAGAGGACAAUAAUGUAUGACAUAUGGCCAUAUACUUAACUCUGAUUAGGUUCAUAUGUUGUGAGUAUCUGUUGUUCCCCUCACAUCUCACCUGCCUGUACCAUAAGGUCAGACUGAAAUUCUCUCCUCCUCCUCCUCUCCUCUCUUCUGAACAAGGUCACACAUGCCUUUUGUCAACAGUUUACGAGUGAUCAAAGUGGACAGAAUACAUAAUGGGAGGCAUGGUUUAUUAGACAAUUUAACAAUGAAGGGAUAUGGUUGUAAAUGAACAAUAAUAAUUUUAUGCCAAUUACUUUGGAUACAUUCCCUGACAGAGGUGUGAAUUUACACACACAAGAAUGCUGUAAUUCUGUCCAUUAUUAUUGUCCCAGAAAGACUCACUAUGGCCUCCUGGUAAAUAUUUUAAACAAAACUCUAUCUUCCUCUUUGCAUCAAGUAUUUUGGGAAUUGGGACUUCAAAUUCAAAGAUGUCAGUCUGUGGCCCACCAAAUCGUUCUGGCAAAUACAUACAUGGGACAUCUCUAAAAGUGUACCAGGAAUCAAAAGUGAUGCGUACGCACACAUCUUUCUGAAAGCAAAUGUUUUUGACCCGAAGGGUCCCGUGCAAAGCCUGUUCAGUGACACUGCAGUUUUCCAGGAUGACCAUACUUUUUUCCAGUUUGGCACGAAACACCUGGAAGUCGGCAGAGGGCUGCGGAAAACCCAAUUUGAGUUGUGUGCCAGGACAACAAGUGCUGACUGUGCAGCUGUAGCUAUCCUCUGUUAGGCCUAAACCUUGAAAAGAUGGCAGUAUGGCUAAAUCUGAAGGCUCUUCUCUAUCAGAGAACAUCCGGACAUCAGUCAAAGACAAACCCUUGGUGUCUGCAAACAUGACAUGCUUGUUCUUUAGUGGAAUUUCUUCAAAAUCAUCAUCGUCAAACUCAUCCCAGAAGGACAGAAACGACUGGCUGAAAGUCUCUGGGGGAACUUGAACUCGAAUGCAGGGGCGCAAGGGCUUCAGGAUGGGGACCCAAACGUGAGGACAAAGUUGUUUACGUUGGUUUAGGCACAGGCGAACUGCAAUUUCCAACAGUCCAGCAGAGUGUGCCAUAGAGCCAAUGCCCACCUCUGGGAGGAUACUGGAACACAUAAAAAAGACUGUUAGGACACUAAUUCUUUCUAAAUAUACUAUAGUGGGAGCUGUCUUAUGGGAUGGUGCAUGCACAAAGACAAAUACAAUAAUAUACUGGAUUCAUGGUGCUCUACAGAACAAGACAAAGGUUUUUUUCAACAAAGAAAGAUGUCACCAUACCAACAAAAUAGCACAGGUCUAGUCCAAACUCUUUCAUAUAAAGCAGUAAAAAGAAAAAAUCUUUGCACAGUAUGGCAAUGAAACUUAUGUUAAAGUCACUCUUACCUUGAGCCGGUCACCUCCAUCUUGCUGUAAUGGUUUUCCACCACUGCAUUCAAAUCUUCAGAUCUCUGCAUAGAGAAAAAGAGAUAAAAUCAAACUUCUUUUUGUAUAAUUUGGUGUACAUUUUUAGUUGUCAAGUAUUUUAAGUUUUACCUACAACGGCAAUGUUUCUAGUGGUCCCAGUUAUCCCAUAUCUCAGCCAGGAAAAUGUAGCACAAUAUCCUAUUUAUACUACCUCAGUUCAGAUGUCACAUUGUAUACCCCACCCUCUCAAUCCUUCAACCAAUCAGCUGCAA